AAUGGAACUAGCGAGUGGCCAGCCAGCCAGCGAAUGAAAGCCUAGGCCUAGGCUCGUCAAUCUUGUCGCUGAAAAUUCUUGAUGAUCAAGAACUAAGUAAUUUGAGAAAACAAGACGUUUUUAGUUAAAACACUAUGUCUUCUUCGCCAUCCGAGGAGGAGGAUAGUCUCCUGGCGGAGAUACGCAACGUUCGAAGUGUUAUUCAAUUAACUAGGGAGAAUAUCGACGCGUUGAACGCAAAAUUUGCUGAUUAUCCCAACCCUCCUCAAAUGUAUGUGAAUGAAUAUGAAGAACUGACGGGGAAACUUCACGAGCUAAACAACAAAGAACAAGAGCUGCUGGACAGACGAGCUCACCGCGAAGAGUUAACGAGGCAAGAUGGAGCAUUUGAGGACAGGUCUCUCUCUGAUCCUAUUAGUGAGGGCCACUCUGCACAGAGCAUGUCUAUGAUCAAGGCAUAUUUGCCAAAUCAACAAAGAACUGUGGUACAUUGCAAACCGGGUCUCACUUUAAGGGAGGCCCUCAACAAAGGUCUGAGCCGAAGAAACCUUUCCCCAGAGAUGUGUACUGUCGUUACUGUGGCUGAUCGCAUUCCCUUGUCAUGGGACACGGAGAUUAUGUCCAUUAUAGGGGAAGAGAUCCGUGUGGAGAUUCUUGAGAUGUUCCCUGUCACUUCUAGUAUAUCUCACAACUUUCAGCGCAAAACAUUCUUUUCACUCGCUUUCUGUGAAUUCUGCAGAAGACUGUUGUUUCAGGGGUUCUGUUGUCGCACUUGCGGAUAUAGGUUUCAUCAGAGAUGUGCAUCAGGUGUGCCUGCUAUAUGCCAGUUAUCUCAUAUGGAAGACAAUUACUAUCAAAUGUUACUGGCUCAGAAUACUGAAACACCAGCUGGCAUAUUGCACAUGCCUUCAGGUUAUAAUAACAUUAGCAGACAACAGCCUGUCAGAAGAUCAAACCGAAGUCUAGGUCAUGGAGAACGAUCAAGUUCAGCUCCAAAUGUCAGUUACAACUUAGUGCAUGUUGGAAAUGACGUGCAAUCAUUAGAAGAAAUGGUUAUUGCACAGGCAGCCGGGUCUGUUGUAGUGGCUACCAACUCUAGCAAACUAUCACACAGUCAGAGUGCGCAGGCUUCCCCAACAAAUGCCUUAAGACCAUGGAGGCCAAGAGCACGGAGUGCAGAUGAAAGUGCCAAUAAACGAAUUCACACUCCACGUGAAUCAAUUGAAGACUGGGAAAUUCCAGCCGAUGAAAUACUCAUAGGCACUCGGAUUGGAUCUGGCUCAUUUGGAACUGUCUACAAGGGUCACUGGCAUGGUUCUGUUGCAGUUAAAACACUGAAUGUGAAGGACCCUACACCAGCACAACUUCAAGCAUUCAAGAAUGAAGUAGCAGUUCUUCGUAAGACAAGACAUGUGAACAUUUUACUAUUCAUGGGAUGCGUCAGCAAACCUCAGCUUGCAAUUGUUACCCAGUGGUGUGAAGGUUCAAGUCUCUACCGGCAUGUUCAUGUUUUAGAGACAAAGUUUGAACUGUUAACCUUGAUUGAAAUCAGUCGCCAAACUGCACAGGGUAUGGACUACCUUCAUGCUAAAAAUAUUAUCCACAGAGAUUUGAAGAGCAACAAUAUUUUUCUCCAUGAUCUUACUGUGAAAAUUGGUGAUUUUGGCUUGGCAACUGUGAAAACCAGGUGGUCAGGUGGACAGCAGUUUCAACAACCAUCCGGAUCCAUCUUGUGGAUGGCUCCUGAAGUUAUAAGAAUGCAGGAAGAAAACCCUUACUCAUUUCAAUCAGAUGUGUAUGCAUUUGGUGUAGUUCUAUAUGAGUUAUUUGCAUCACAACUUCCAUAUUCAAAUAUUAACAACAAAGACCAAAUUUUGUUCAUGGUUGGAAGAGGCUACUUGAGGCCUGACCUUUCCAACCUUAUGACAACAACACCAAAGGUUCUGAAAAGGCUCGUGGAGGAUUGUUUGAAAGUGAGCAGAGAAGAUCGGCCACUCUUCCGACAGAUACUAGCAUCACUUGAGGGCCUAAUACGGACACUACCAAAAAUACAUAGAUCAACAUCAGAACCCUUCCUCAAUAGAACUCCUCUGCAGUCAGAUGAUUUUGUCUAUCAGUGCGCCUCUCCUAAGACACCCAUUCAUGCUCAAUAUGGAGCAUUUCCCUUCUAUUCUAUGGGAGGUGUCAUUUGACAGCAGCCAUUAAUCAAAGUAUGCUGAAAAGACUUUAGACAUCUUUUAAAUUUUGGAAUACUUCUCAUGAAUCAUCUCAAUAAUUGAUGUUUGGUGUGUUGAGUGUUUCUGUUCUCUAUGUAGAUGGUUGAGGUACUGAGCCACACAGCUAUCACGCUGUCGUGCAAAUUGUGGACCAUUGCUUUAGGAAUAUUUACAAUUAAAAUUGGAUUUGCAUUCCCUAUGGAUGCUUAUAGACAAGGAUUCUUAAAUGCUCUUUUUUUCCUGUUACUACAAAAGUAAAAUAUGAAUAUCUGUUUAUGGACUCUUGCUUGACUGAUGCAUUUUGGCAUGAAAACAUCUGUUUUAAUGAAAGGCUUUUGACCUUGAUAAACUUGUUUUCCGUAUUUCCAUAUUAGUGUCAUUUUCACAAUAUGCAGCUAGUACUGUAAAGACAAACUGUUGUAGUGCUUCUACACAUGCAUUUCAAAAUUGAUUUCUGAAUGAUAUAUUUAUGUACAUAUAAGAGGAGGCAAUGAAAUGUUUUGCACUGUUAUUUGAACUAUGAAGCCUAACAAUUUUUUAUUUUUUUUUGUUCGCUAACAUUUUUGAAAAAAAAUCUGCAAUCAACUUUGAGUUUCCAUCUUACUUUGUUACCAGUCAAUAUCUCAAUAAAUAAUUGUUGAAUUUGAUCACUUAAUCAUACUAAAUCUGAUGUAAUUUGUUUAGGUACAAUAUGUGUUGCUCAAUAGAUCCAAUGUCACAGGAAAAUAAGAAACUGCGAGCAUUACUUUUAAUCCCUAGUGAUUACUGUCAGAAGGUUGUUUGAAUUGUGAUACAAUCAUUCGUUUGUAUUGAUUGCUUAAGUAUGUGACUUGUCCUAAUUAAGUUAUUUUUUAAUGGGGUUCUAGUGAAUUUUCCUCUCACAUAAAAUUUCAUAUGGAUAAACCCAUCAGAAAUUUGGGAUGUGUAUUGUUGAAGCAGAAAUUUCAAAGAACUCUCAAAUGAUUUAGAUGAACCUAAUUACUUCAUGGAAGUAAAGUGAUCUAUCUCGUUUCAAUCUUGUUCUGAAGUGGCUUUUCCAAUGAAUCUCUGUCUGUUUAGGUGAUUUUACUUAGUGACAAAUGUUGAAAAUCACUUAAAACAAAUGAUAUUUCAAAAUAAGGUUCCUGAUUCUUUUUGUGAGGUUGUUGAUAGCUUUCAUGAUUUGUUUCUUUUAUUUUAUUUUUUAAUUGUAAAUAGUAGAAAGUGUUUUGACAAUUUAUGAAAGUCUGGAUGGUGUGUGGGGAAAUUGUAAUGUUGGACCUUUAAUUAUGAUUUACGGUACGUCAAUGAGAAUUCAGUAAACUGCACAAGAAAAAACGGUUUUGGAUCAGAAUGUGAAGCUGCUUUGGAUCGGUAUUUAUAGAUUUGAAUUAAAACAGUUCUCUGAAGCAGAUGAUUGUUUCCAACAUCUGUUGUUGUUUUAAAUUGAGCCUUCCAUUAAUUGUUCAUGGGUACUAUAUUCAAAGUUUUGCUUCAAAUCUUCAGCUUAUUAUACCCAUGAUACUUGGUACACAUCAGACAUGUGCUUAUGCUUGAAACUGUCUUGGCUAGUUAAACAUGGUUUUUAAAUGUUACCAAUUAAUUAUUGUUUUAAGAAGAUAUAGAGAGAUCUCAUGUUUUAUGUAAUGAAUUUUGCAGUUGAUGCAAGAUAAUUGAUGUGCUUGUAUUCAGUUUAUUUGUUGUUAAAAGAGAAUGUGAUGUAUGUUAAUUUAAAAUUUUCUGAUCUACUUAUAAGCUGAUUUGCUUUCUUUUAAAAUUAUGAAAAGUAACAAGAGGCAAACAAGGAGAUAUGUAAAAGUAAUGACUGAUGAUGUAGUUUAGACAUAUGAUGUACAAUGUAAUUAAUGUCAAAAGUUACAGUAAUAACUAUUAUUUACCUCUAACCUAGUGUAAACACUUAAAUUAGACAGCUUUUAAAAUUUAUGACUCUCUCAUUUGUGCUCUCUUUGUAAGAGAGCCUGUAACUAAGUACAAAAUCUAAAUGUUAAUCGUAUGCAAUAUUCAGCUCAUGCUGUUCAGGUGUUCUUCAUUGCAUGAAUGGUUGAAAUCAACUUCAAAUGGUGAGAGGAAGAAUUUCUUUUGGGAGACAAUUUACAGAUCACAGGAAUCAGUCUGAGUGACAACCUAUUGUAAAUAUUUAUUAGUAAUGUGUAUUUAUUCAUUGUAUUGGAACGACUUUUUAAAUGCAAGCGCUAAUUUACGGCUUCUCUGUGAUUGCCAGACCCUUAAAAUGAGAAAAAUAAACGUCACCGAUACUGACUGAAAAUUAAAA